AUGAAUUAUCUAAAGUUAACGUUUGAUAAGCUGGAUGUCGGAGCGCUGAACGAUCAGGUGGCACACGAAAGUUGCGGCGCAGUGUCACUGUUCGUGGGCACGACGAGAGAUAACUUUGAAGGCAAAUCUGUGGUACUGCUGCAGUACGAAGCGUACGAAGCGAUGGCCAUCAAAACGAUGAACCUGCUGUGUGAGGAGGUUCGCGCUCGUUGGUCGGAUGUGGUGCAUAUCGGCAUACACCAUCGGCUUGGGACGGUUCCGGUCAAGGAAGCAUCAGUAGUGAUAGCGAUUAGCUCGCCGCAUCGAAAGUCCAGCCUGGAAGCGGUACACUUCACCAUCGACGAGCUGAAAAAAUCUGUCCCCGUUUGGAAGAAGGAACUGUACGGCGAUGGCGAGGGCAGCUCGGAGUGGAAAGAGAACAGCGAAUGCACAUGGUCGAAGAAGUACAAGGACAAUCAUUUACUAUAG